AUGUCGGGCAUACCUGAGCUGGAAGAGGCCCUGCGCAAGCUCGACGAAGAGCUCGAGGAAGGCGACAUCACCCGCAAAGGCUAUGAAAAGAGACGGACUCUCAUUCUUUCGCAGUACAUCAGUUCUCCCCCACUGAACCUACAAUCACACUCACAAUCACAAUCACAAUCGCAACCCCAACCCCAGCCUCAGUCUCGAGGGCUUCGCAUACACUCGCCUGACGAUAGCGAUCAUCCUGUCUCUAAUGAGGAAUCCAGAGCAGCUUCGCUUGCUGCCCUCACCGGUCGACCGGUGGGCAGCGCCUCGAGAGAUGGGACAAUGACCGAGGGCCAUCCCAGCAUGACCCGGCGAGCCUCUGUGCCCAGGGAUGAAUACAACGAUUCCAGGAGAAGCAUCACCCCCCAAAGCCACAUUCAAAGAUUCCAAGAGAGGGAAGCGGGAAAUCUACCGCAUGGUUCAAUGUCGGGGUCCUCAUUCGAUGGCCGGCGCGAAACCUUCAUGACUGCCAACGACCAGUCCCGUACCGAGACGCUGCUGAGCCAGAACUACGCGUUCAAUCCCGACACCCAACAAAAUUAUGGCGGCGGCGGCAUAGACACUCGCAACUCUACUAUGCUGGACUCGCAGCAAGGCUAUUUCUCGGAUUUUGCCGGUCAACAACGAGAAGAGCACCAAGAGAAUUAUGGGGGCAAUGUGCACAGAUAUUCGCAGAGCGAAGUGACUUCGCCCACGGCUCAGGUGGCGCCACCGUUUCUCGGUGCCGGAGAGCUUGCUGGAGGUGCGGCUAUCCACCAAAUGCCCCUGGAGCCGCGCGAAGUACCUUUCGCCAUUUGUGACCCACAUGAUUCGCACAUCGAGAUGUCCAGGUUUGAGAACAUUGCUGCAGUCCUCAGACAUCGAGCAAAGACAAAUCCUCAGCAGGCCGCCUACUGGGUGUUGGACCAAAAGGGUAAAGAGCUCGUCUCUAUCACCUGGGUGAAGCUAUGCAGCCGCGCGGAAAAGGUUGCUCAGGUCAUUCGCGACAAAAGCAGUCUUUAUAAGGGGGACCGAGUUGCGUUGAUCUACACUGAGAAUGAAAUCAUCGAAUAUGCCGUGGCGCUGCUAGGCUGCUUCAUCGCCGGCGUGGUGGCUGUACCGAUCAACGACCCGAAGAAUUAUGCCAGAUUGAACGUUGUAUUGACGUCUACGCAGGCGCAUCUCGCUCUGACUACGGAGGCCAACCUCAAGAAUUUCCAGCGAGAUAUCACCGCCGCCAAGCUGAACUGGCCCCGCGGAGUGGAAUGGUGGAAGACCAACGAAUUCGGCAGCUAUCAUCCUAAGAAAAAGGGCGAGGAAGUUCCCCUUGUGGUUCCGGACCUCGCCUAUAUUGAGUUCUCUAUGGCACCGACUGGUGACCUCCGGGGUGUCGUGAUGAGCCACAAGACAAUCAUGCAUCAAAUGGCGACACUCAGUGCCAUGAUUACGUCGGCGACAAGCAACACCAAAGCAGACACCUUCAAUCCUUCCCUGCGCGACAAGCAGGGUCACUUGAUCACCGGCUCGAGACAUGGCGAAAUCAUGCUGAGCUAUCUCGAUCCGAGACAGAGCAUUGGAAUGAUCCUGGGAGUUUUGUUAAACAUCUAUGGCGGCCACACGGUGAUUUACAUUGACCAACGAACCAUCGAGACACCUGGUCUUUACGCCAACCUCAUAACGAAGUACAAGACAACACUCCUUGUAGCAGAUUACCCGGGACUCAAACGUGCCGUGUACAACUACCAGGCGGAUCCCAUGACGACGAGGAAUUUCAAACGGAACUUUGAACCCAACUUCUCUAGUGUCAAGUUGUGUAUGAUCGACACCUUGACCGUUGACGUUGAAUUCCACGAAUUACUCGCAGAUCGUUGGCUGAAACCACUUCGCAAUCCCAGGGCAAGGGACAUCGUGGCCCCUAUGCUCUGUUUACCCGAACAUGGCGGAAUGGUGAUUAGCAUGAGAGACUGGCUGGGAGGAGAGGAACGCAUGGGUUGCUCGUUGACCCAUGAGAUGGAUCGUGACCACGAGACAGAGGAGAAAAAGGAAGAACAACUUGCGAUUACAAAAUCCAGCUUCGGCAGUAGCCUCAUUGGUGGCGGAACUAAGCCUUCUUCCAAGGAACGUUCGACGGAGGACUUAGGGGAAGUGCUACUGUCGAAAGAGGCUCUGAAGACAAAUGACAUCCUGGUGCUGGCUAUGGGCGCCGAAGCAAGAGCGAGGGCGACUUCAUUUCCCAGCGCAGUCCGAUGUGGAGCGUUCGGAUACCCCAUACCCGACGCCACUCUUGCAGUGGUUGAUCCUGAAUCCGGUUUGCUGUGCGCGCCAAACUCGAUAGGUGAGAUUUGGGUAGACUCACCCUCUCUGUCUGGAGGCUUUUGGGCUCUGCCGAAGCAUACUGAAACGAUCUUUCAUGCUCGGCCAUUUUGUUUCAAAGAAGGCAACCCGACGCCUACUGCCAUCGACCCCGAAUUUCUUCGUACCGGUCUACUUGGAUGUGUCAUAGAAGGCAAGAUCUAUGUUUUGGGACUGUAUGAGGAUCGACUCAGGCAGCGGGUGGAGUGGGUCGAGCACGGUCUGGCGGUGCAGGAACAUCGCUAUUUCUUCGUCCAGCAUCUAAUCCUCAGCAUCAUGAGAAAUGUCCCCAAGAUCCACGACUGCUCCGCUUUUGACUGCUUUGUGAACGAUGAACAUCUUCCCAUAGUCCUUUUGGAAUCUCCAUCGGCUUCAACGGCGCCAUUAUCCUCAGGCGGUCCACCACAGCAGCUUGAUAUUGCAUUACUCGACUCUUUGGCGGAGAAAACGAUGGAUGUCCUGUACCAAGAGCACCACCUCAGAGUAUACUGCGUCUUGAUCACGGCUCCAGGAAUCCUCCCGCGGGUGACUAAGAACGGCCGGCGAGAGAUUGGUAACAUGCUCUGUCGCAAAGAAUUCGAUAAUGGAGCACUCCCUUGUGUCCACGUCAAAUUUGGCGUCGAGCGAGCUGUGAAAAAUCUUCCCGUUGGAGAGGACAUCAACGGUGGCAUCUGGUCCGCCAACUCAAGUGCGGCGAGAACCGAUCUUCUGUACGGCCAGGAAACUCAGUGGUCGGGUGUCGACCCUCGCGAGGUUGUCAUCGACGACCGAACAUCAACCGCUCUGAGCAAUUUCACAAAUAUUUUCGACUUGAUGCAAUGGCGGGUGGCGCGACAAGCAGACGAGCUUGCAUACUGCACUAUCGACGGGCGAGGAAAGGAAGGCAAAGGGCUGACAUGGAAGAAAUUUGACCAUAGGGUGGCAGCCGUCGCCUUGUACCUACGGAACAAGGUCAAGGUGAAGCCCAGCGAUCAUCUUAUUUUGAUGUACACUCACUCGGAAGACUAUGUGUUUGCCAUAUAUGCAUGUAUGGCUCUAGGAGCGAUCGCUAUCCCUGUUGCUCCUUUGGACGCCAACAGACUGUCGGAAGACGCUCCAGCAUUCCUUCACAUUGUGGCCGACAUGGGUGUGAAGGCCGUACUGUGCAACACAGACGUCGACCACCUAUUCAAACAAAAAAUCGUCUCGCAGCACCUCAAACAGUCCGCACAGUAUCUGAAAACACAUAUUCCAAGCGUCUAUAACACAGCGAAACCGGCGAAGCAGUCUCAUGGUUGCAGAGAACUCGGUUUGACGAUAAAUCGUUCUUGGAUAUCUCCAACAAACCCUGUGAUUAUCUGGACAUAUUGGACGCCGGACCAACGUCGAGUCUCUGUUCAGCUUGGCCACGACACCAUUUUGGGCAUGUGCAAGGUUCAGAAAGAGACGUGCCAAAUGACAAGCUCAAAACCGGUACUCGCCUGUGUGCGAAGCACGAUCGGCAUAGGGUUCCUUCAUACGGUGCUCAUGGGCGUCUACAAUGGAAGCACCACCUAUCUCAUCUCGCCGCUCGACUUUGCUCAGAAUCCAGGUCAGUUGUUUCAGGCGUUGUCCCGUUACAAAGUCAAGGAUACUUACGCAACCAGCCAAAUGCUGGAUUUUGCCAUGGGUCACGUCGUUGGCAAAGGCUUUUCUCUGCAUGAGUUGAAGAAUCUCAUGGUGACGACUGAAUCGAGACCUCGGCUUGAUCUAUUCUCGAAGGCGAGACUGCAUUUUGCUCAGACGGGGCUCGAAAGGACCGCCAUCAACACGAUAUAUGCACAUGUCCUCAACCCCAUGAUCGCGUCUCGCAGCUAUAUGUCGAUUGAACCGAUCGAGCUCUGGCUUGACGUGCGCGCGUUGAGAAGAGGUCUCAUCUAUCCGGUCGAUCCAGACACCGAUCCGACGGCUCUGUGUGUUCAAGAUUCGGGCAUGGUACCAGUGUCUACUCGCAUCGCGGUUGUCAACCCCGAAACUUGUCAAUUAUGCCAUGUGGGAGAAUUUGGCGAAAUCUGGGUUCAGUCAGAAGCAUGCGCCAAAUCGUUCUACAUGUCGAAAGAGGUGUUUGAUGAAGAACGGUUCAACGGACGGAUCUUGGGUGGGGACCCAAAUGCGACCUACGUCCGAACAGGGGACUUGGGAUUUCUGCACAACGUCACCCGACCUAUCGGACCUGGGGGCCAGCCUGUGGAGAUGCAGAUAUUGUUCGUGUUGGGCAGCAUUGGCGAGACGUUUGAAGUCAACGGCCUCAACCACUUUCCGAUCGACAUCGAAAGUACCAUCGAAAAGUGUCAUCGGAACAUUACUCCUGGUGGGUGUGCCGUCUUCCAGGCUGGUGGGAUGGUUGUCGUUUUGGUGGAAGUCUUCCGAAAAUCAUAUCUGGCGUCCAUUGUGCCGGUCAUUGUCAAUGCCGUCCUCCAUGAACACCAAAUUAUUGUCGACAUUGUUGCGUUUGUCGGCGACGGCGAUUUCCCCAGAAGCAGACUGUCCGAGAAGCAGAGAGGCAAGAUCUUAGCUUCAUGGGUGACGAGAAAAUUACGCACCAUUGCGCAGUUCGGCAUCCGAGACGCAGACGGGCAGAUGUCUUCAGCACCUGGUGAGCGCAAAGCGCCUAGCAUGGUGAGCAAAACUCUAUCAGUGAGUCAACCAGACCAGCGGCGUGCCUCUACCGCGUCAGAGUCCAGGGGAAAUGCUCAAGGAGACCAAAUGUCCAACCGAUCGAGCAUUGUGCCAGAACUGCCCUUCACGUUGCCCCCUAACCAUUAUCAGAUUGACCCCACCGGCCUAUAUGACCCUGGUGCAUCUGACAGCAACCGGACCGGAGUAUCGCUUAGCGACAAGCCUUAUACUCUUCCUGAAGGGCUAGUUGAGAUGCCGAGUUCUAAUUUCGACGAUAUGGACGAAAAGUCCAAUCCCUACCUUACGGACGAGAAAUUCUUCGACCCAAACGCUGACCCAGACCACCAACUUGACGAUUACACCCCUCAGGGCUCGCAACUUGACCUUGCUCCGGGAGGACCGCCAAAACUGUCUCUGGUCAACCCGACUGAGUACUCAUUGCAGGGCAGCAACGACAACACCCCGACUUCGUACACGGCAAGCGCCACGCCGACGUCUGCCAUCCCGAACGCAUUGAAGACGCCCGUGGAUCAAGGUCAAGACAGCCCCUACGAGGACCAAGGCAAUCCAUUCCGAAACUCCAUCCCAGCAUCGGUGCCCAGCUUUGAUUUCAUCACUCAUUCUUUCUCCGGGCCUUCAGCGGCGACGAGAAACCCCGCCUCAGCCCGAGAUCAAAUGGCCAGCGCCAGCGCGGCAUUCAACCAGGUGACCUCUCCAACCCCAACCAGCCCAACAGCAACAGGUGGCCGUGCGCUUCUUCCUAGCCAGCAAGCACGAUUUCCCAAUUACCAGGCGAAUCCCAAGCCGCUGCCUGUACGACAGUCGAGCGACAAUUUAUAUGAGGUCAAAGACCUGCCACAGGAGGCCUUGACAUACGCUGCGUCGACGCACAGCCGGAGAUCCGGGUCUUCCACAUACCAGGGCGAUCAGAAUCAGGAUUCCAACUCGCUACAUGCUAAUGACGGACGGCAGAGCACAGACUUGCGCAGUUAUCCGCCAAGCAUCCGGAGAAGGUAUGACGGGAGUGGGUAUGAUGGGUUUGAUUACUGA